GGAAAGUGAAAAACAAUUGUGAUUCAGCAUACAUCCCCACUGGGCUGGGCUGCAACAAUUGGUCUAACAAGCUUUGAGCAAGGUCUUUUCUCUCAGUCACGGCAGGUCCUCUUUUUCCAAAGUGACAUCUCAGCUCUACUUCUGUGUCCCAGCUCCCCUGGCACUUAAAUGCAGAUAACCCCAGUGACCCGACAACGCUGCUCUGAGGACAAAUGUUUGCAAAGCACUUUCUGAGGAUGCGAAGCACCAUGGUGAGGGUAAAGUUCAGUCCUGGUGCAGCACAGAGACUUCCAGGACCAACACCUCUGCCUCCCACAGCAGGAGAGCCAUCGCGCAGAGCUCGGCUCUGCUGAAGCAGCCUCUGGGCCAUGAGGCAAGGUGAAGAAAAACAUUUUGCUCUCUGCAGCUUUCCUCAUGCUCACAUCAAGCAGCAGCAUGUUUCCCUUGGUGCUGAGUGCAAUGCAGUGCCAAGUGCUCCUGACAUCUCCCCUUGCCCACAGCGCUCGGCAGGGCACAAGGGCGGGCGGCUGUGCCACGCUGUCCGUCUGCAAGUGUCUGUGGAAGGAGCAGGCCCGGGAGUGCCCACGGGGCCUGGCUCUGCAGCAAGGAGAAAAACGUUUCUUAGGAGCAGCUGCUUCCAGCUCAGCCUCCGGGGCCUGGGGCACAAGGCUCCCUCCCAGCACCACUGCUGCGAAGAGAAGAUGCUCCCUGGAGAUCCAAGCUGGGAGGGAGGGGUGCAGAGAAGACCGCUACGUCUAAAAAAGUCUCCUUGACCGUGAGGAGUGGAGUAGGAGCGCAGGCACCUUGCUUUCCUCCAUGAUGCAGAAGGGAGAAUGUCCUGCAGAACAGUGAAGCAGGAGGAGUCAGGACAUCACCGUGCUCACCUCACGGUGUGAUGCGUGGGUCUCACAGCGCCUGCGUGACGCGGGGCUGCUCAGCCCAGCUCCCCGAUCGCUCCCAUCAGCGCAGGGUGGCCGCACUCGGGGCAGAGCUGCCUCUUCCCCCAGCAGUUCAUAAGGCUUUGUUGCUGCCUGUUUGUAAAGUCACUAUUCAAAGAAAACACACUCAAGCCAAACCAAUGCCAUCAUUACCUUGCUCGCUGUGAAAGUGCUUCCCAGUUGGGAGCCUUCCACCUCUGCGCUGAGCAAACAGGCAGCAGCGUCCCCUGCUCCUCCGGCAGAGCUGCGGCCUCCGUGGAAGCCCCAGUCCUCCACUGAGCUCCCGGGCAGCUCUCAAGACCUCCCUGGGUAUUUAUUUAAGGACAGCAUGAGGGUUGAUGACUUAAAUCUUCCUGAGAAAGCUCUAUGCUACAGUUGCCAGGAGGGGAGACGUGCUCUCUUCCAGGCACCCUGUCCCCUGCAGCAGCCGGCAGCUCCUCUCCCCUCCCGGCCAGGGCAGGAGCUGCUGCUUGCCGGGAGCUGCUCUGUGCCAAGACUCUCACUUCAGGGUUCCUGAGGCUCAGAGGAUUUGCAUGCUUUCACUUAACCCUCCUGUGUAUGGACAGCAUGGCAAGGCAGGACCACUGCAGCCUGUGAGCCAGGUUUGCCCUGAAGCAAUACUGUCUACACGCAGAGAUACAAACCACCGUCCCUGGGGACACCUGGGGAUGUCCUCUCCGAAGAACCUGCCAGCCCAGAGCAUCCACCCCUGGCCUGACACCAGCGGUGCAGGGACAGGACAUCAGAACAUGCAGGGAGCGGGGCUGCACAAGCACCAAGUGCUGCAUGCGCAGCAGUGAGGGGGAAGUGGGGGGAGAGGGAAAGGAGCAUGGGGUCGAUGCUUGGCUUUCCAGAACAGCUUUGCUCCCUGUUGUACCCAGUUUUUCCUGCCUAGCCAGCAGUGCCUUCUUUUAACGCAACAAAACCAACAAGACACAAAAAAUGAUUGUGGCCACACCCAGGAAUUAGAGGUAUAAGCUUGAAUUUCCCCCUAUGCGACUCCGCUGAACACCAGCAGCAAAUAGCAGCACUCUGUCUGUGGCUGUCAAUGGACACGGUGCAUUCAUGGAAAUCCACACCAUAAAUGCACAGCUCCAAAAGUGUUAAUACCAAAAGCUUCUGCUCACCUAAGCUUAUCUCAGCCUCACCAGUGGAGCCGGCGCACAGCUUACAGACGCAGCGUUAGCAUGGCUUGGAGCUGCAACACAAAGGUCCAACUGGGUGCAAUGUUUCUCGCGCUCUUCGGGUGGGUCUCGUCCUGUGUCACCACUUUCGUGCCACUCUGGAAGAACCUCAACUUGGACUUAAAUGAACUGGAGAUCUGGACCAUGGGGCUCUGGCAGGUCUGCAUAGUCCAGGAGGAGGGAGCGACGGAGUGCAAAGCCCACGACUCCUUCCUCGCUCUGCCGCUGGAGCUGCGUGUGUCCCGAAUCCUGAUGUGCCUCUCCAAUGGGCUGGGGCUUCUCGGGUUCCUCCUCGCCAGUUUGGGCUUGGACUGCUGGAAAACAUGUGAAGAAAAACCUGGUCUAAAGAAAUGGCUCCUGCUUGCUGGAGGAGCGGCUUUCAGCAUGUCAGGGAUCAUGACCUUAGCGCCGGUCUCCUGGGUCGCUUAUAACACGGUCCUUGAGUUUUGGGAUGAAACCAUUCCCAACAUUGUCCCGCGUUGGGAAUUUGGGGAGGCAAUGUUCCUGGGGUGGUUUGCUGGAUUCUUCCUUGCAGCAGGUGGGUUGCUUCUUAUCUACACCACCUGCUUAAGCAGGACUGAAACGCCAGACGUGCCUUCAGCAGUCUGCCUGCAGCGUCCAGCGAUGGAAGGUCCAGCUGGGAUAUCACCGUGGAGUCACCGCUCACACCCCAAAACCGCAGACCUGGUAAUCUAAGACUUGCAGCACUGUGCCCUGUGCAGCUCCUGGCUGUUCAAAUUUCAGACAGUUCUUGCAUUUUACAGGAUGAUUUGCUAAUUCCUAAGACAGUGUUGCAGCCUUUUUUCCUUCCCAUCUGUGUCUGUCUGCUUCAUUUUUUUCUCCUUUUUUUUCAAAUGAGCAAAAGCUUUUUCUGCAACACUUGCAAACUAAACCUAGUACUGUAAGCCAAGAAGGCAAACAGAGCAGUAAAGAGCACUUCAUGUUCAUGGUUACAUUUGCAGUAUACUCAGUGAUUAUGCUAUUGCUAGCAUUCCCUGGAAAUCUCCAGUAGUCGGAAAUGUAAUCAUUGUAACACCUAUGUCCAGGCUGAAAAGCUGAUUCCAUGAAUGUCCAUUUCAUUUUGAUGUAUUCAAAAUAAAUUAUUUCAGUCAUCACCAGUAUGUU